AAAUAUUUGCACACACUACCUCAGCCUUGCUCAUUAUACCCUCCAAACUCUUCUAUUAUGGACUCUUUAAUACUACUUCUAUUACACAAGAUAAAAUCCAAUCAAAGGGAGAUAAUUUUAAGAUAAAAGUAUGGCUGCCAUGACUUCAUUACAACAUGGGAUGCCCUCCUUCAAUAUCCAACAGAAAAGGCAGCAUUUGCCAAACAAAUCAUUACACUGCAUCAUCAGUCCAAUAGAUUUAACAAAAAACAGCAGCACAGGAAGCAGAAAUCGGGUGCAAAGGAGAGCUAGGAAUGUGAUCAGGUGUAGCAGUGGAAUUGGAAUAAAGGAUUUCAUAGGAGGUGAUCUUCUGAAGUUUGAUCUUGGGACGUGGUUAUCCGAUGUGGAGGAGCAUAAAUCCCUUGCUAUAUACGUCCCACAUGAGGGCGGCUAUGAGGGCCGAUACUUGAACCGCCUUCGGUACCAGGGGUACCAUUUUCUUGAUAUCUCGGCUCGUGGACUUGGUGACCCUGAGGCCACCCUCACCAAGGUUCACCCUGUUUGCCCUCCUCAUUUAGGGAAGCAACCCAUAGCAAGGUGGUGGUUUCCACCAGAAAUUGAUUACAGGCUUGAAGCACUUCCUUCUGAUGCUAAGGGCCUUGUUGUCUGGGUAAUUGAAGCCAAGGUUCUAUCCAAAUCUGAACUGCAAUUUCUGGCACUGCUUCCGUCUCUUCGACCCAAAGUCAGGGUAAUAGCAGAAUGUGGCAACUGGAGGAAAUUCAUGUGGAAGCCGCUCAAGGAGAUCGCAGGACUAGCACCACUGCAGGAAGCAUGAAAGACACUACUGAAAGAAAACAUGGUUAUCUUGAAAACUAUUUUCAGGAGAUAUAUAUUUUUUCUUUCACUCUUAAGAAAAGCUGAUCUCCAAAAAUUAUAUCAUUUUACUUGCAAGAGACGACAUCGUUGUAUGUUAAAUUGGGGUUUGUGAUUAGUUGUACAGCAUUGUAUACAGAACAGAUGAAGUAGAAGUGAAUUAAAGAGGCUUUUGCUGUUUAA